CAUCGGCCAGUUUACAAAACAAAAGAUUAAACGAUGCACAAAUACUCUCCGAUCAGAACCCCACAUCGCCGAAUAUUAUCUUCUGGAACAGGAUGAUCAAUGCUUGUGUACAGAAGGAUCAAAUGCUAAAGGCACAAAAGCUGUUCGAUGAAAUGCCUGUAAGAGAUGUCAUUUCGUGGAACACUAUUUUACUGGGAUUAAACAAGAGCAAGAACCCAGAACGGGUCUAUAAAUGUUUCUUAGAAAUGGGUAGACUUGGCCUCAAGCCGAAUGGUCAUACCUUAUCCUCAGUGGUUACUGCGGUUCUGGAGACGGAGUUCAAGGCUUUGGUCCCCCAGAUUCAUGCAAUUUCUGUGUGUUUGGGGCUCAAUACGAGCUCUUUUGUUGGGUCUACGUUGAUGAAAGGAUACAGAUUUUUGGGAGAUCCAGUGGGAAUAGGUAGGGCGUUUGAUGAGAUUCUGGUGAAAAAUGCUGUGUGUUGGAAUACCUUGGUGUGGGCAUAUAUGGAACUGGGGUGGAUGGCUGAGGCCCAGUGGGCGUUUGAUAACAUGCCGGAGAAGAACAUUGUUUCUUGGACUAGCCUGGUUAAUGGGUAUAUCAAAAACAAGAUGAUUAAUAAAGCUCGGUCAGUGUUCAACAAGAUGAGUGAAAGUAAUGUGGUUUCUUGGACUGUGAUGAUCAGUGGGUAUGUGCAGAGUGAGAGAUUUGUUGAUGCUUUGAAGCUGUUUUGUUUGAUGCUGAGAUCAGAGACUCAGCCUAAUCAGUUUACAUUAUCGAGUGUAUUAGAUGCAUGUGCAGGUUGCUCCUAUCUUGUCACUGGCCAGCAAGUUCACUCCAUAAUUCUGAAAUCUGGUACCCCAGAUGAUGUAAUAUUGUCAACCUCCCUUGUUGACAUGUAUGCAAAAUGCGGGGAGAUUGACACUGCAUUUCGUGUUUUCGAGUUCAUUGCGAAUAAAAACUUGGCGUCAUGGAACUCCAUGAUAGGAGGUUUUGCAAGACAUGGGCUUGCAACAAGAGCAUUGGAGGAGUUGGGUAGAAUGACAAACAGUGGCAUCAAGCCUGAUGAAGUUACGUUUAUCAACAUCCUAUCCGCAUGUGGGCAUGGUGGAAUGGUGAAAGAAGGUGAAAGGCACUUUAGCUCCAUGGGCAUAAUGCAUGGAAUCCAAGCAGGGGUGGAGCAUUAUGCUUGCAUGGUUGAUCUCUAUGGGAGAGCAGGUCAGCUGGACAAAGCAGGGGAACUGAUCAAGGGGAUGCCAUUUGAGCCGGAUGUGGUAGUUUGGGGUGCGUUGCUUGGGGCCUGUGGCUUGCAUUCAAGUUUAGAACUGGGGGAAUUCGCCGCAGAAGGAAUUUCAAAGCUGAAGACAGAUCAUCCCGCAGCUUAUACAGUGCUCUCAAAGAUUCACGGUGAGAGGGAGGUAUGGAACAGUGUAAUUGAGUUGAAAAACAUUAUGAAAGAGAAAAAUGCCACAAAACAGAAAGCAAGCAGUUGGGUUGAAACUGCCGCUAUAGAAGACUAAACAGUGAGUGUUAAAUGAUUAAGACUUGUUUGACAAAAUUGAGCUAUAUUAAAACCCGAAACUUGUAAAUUUGUUACAUGUUUCCUCUGAAACAGUGCAUUUCUUAAAGAUACUUGCAAGGUUGGAGGUAUUGAGAUCAUCCCAGCACUUUUAUCUUCCAAAAUGGUAUUCAGCAAACACUAAAGAGGACAGGAAUGC